CCGUCGACGGCGGCGGUGGCCGCGGGGGCAGGUUACCCGGGGCGAGAAAAACCAAUGUCACGAUAGCGGCGCGAGCCAGGCACGCAAUAGCCCGCGAGACACGAGACUCGCGCGGUCCGCUCGGCCACGGCGACGAGAGAGCGUGAGAGGGAAGACGCGCCCGUCGUACGGUGCGCUGCAAUGGCGGCCGCCGACCCUUAUUUACCAAAGUCCCCAAAAUGGCCGCCCUUCGGAGCCUCGCCGCACGCGGUAACCUCGUCGCAGCGCUCUCGGGCCUCGCACGAUCGCUAAAUCCCGCGGCGACGUCGCGCGUCGCGUCCGCGUUGACCCAGGUUCAACAGAGAUGGAGUAGUUAUAAAUCGUCUCCCAAAUAUACAACACCUGAAGAUUAUACAGAUUACGAGAUUUCACAAGAUCCAAAUGAAUGGAAAUAUGUAGAACGUGUACUUAGAUAUAAAAUUGUACCUAAACCAUCCAAUCAAGAUGUCAUAUUUCCAUCUGGUUUUAAACCAGCAACUGCUUCACCCACGGAUUAUCCUUAUUUCAUAGAACGUACAAAAAAUUACAUGCAACCUGUAUAUUUAAAAAGAAAUCGCAAAGGAGACAAAAAGAUUACAAAAAUUGGUAAUAUUCAAGGAAAUAUAUGGGAAUUGGAACGUGAUAUGAAACAGUAUAUAGAAAAACACAGUAAAAAAAGAAUUGCUAGUCAAAUACAUGAAUUUGCAGGUCUAAUUAAACUUAAGGGUGAUUUUGUUAAUCGUGUUAAAGAAUGGAUGAAUACAAAAGGCUUUUAAAAAUUACUAGAAACAAAUUUAUAAUAAAUUAUAUUGUAUAUAUACAAUAAAUAGUAAAGUUGUGUUAUGAAAUAUGUUGUACAUUUAAUGUCACCUCUUUUAAAAUUCUACAAUAGAGCA